CGGGCCGGGCCGGGCCGUGCUCGCCGCUGCCGGACGCUGAGCCCUCGCCACCGGCCCGAGCCAUGCUGCGCCGCAAGCCUUCCAACGCCGGCGACAAGGAGCCGCGACACAGGAAGCUUUCCCUACAGCGUUCCAGCAGCUUCAAGGACUUCAGCAAGUCCAAGGUCAGCUCCCCCGUGUCAAGUGAGGAGUUCAACCUGGAGGAGAAUAUCCCUGAGGAUGAUCCCAGCAGCGGCAGUCCGGAGGAGGCCGUGCGGAGCAGCGGGACGAAGCUGGGUAGGAAGUGGCGGGCGGUCAUUUCCCGCACCAUGAACCGCAAGAUGGGCAGGGCGGCUGUGAGAGCGCUGGCCGAGGGGAAGGGAGAGGUGGAGGAGGAGGGGUCCCCGUGCCCCCUGUCCCCAGCCGGCAGCGUGGAGGAGCAGAGCCAGGACAAGGUGCCCCUGUCAUACCUGGAGCAGGACGAGGAGGAGGACGGGCGCCCGGCCCUCGGACGCCAGAUGUCCAGCGGCAGCGACAUUGCCAGCCCUGGCGAUGCCGGGGACAGCCGGCAGCUGGAGGAGGCCGUCCCAGCCUACACUGGCCCCUUCUGCGGCCGGGCCCGUGUCCACACCGACUUCACCCCCAGCCCCUAUGACAAGGACUCCCUGAAGCUGCGGAAAGGGGACAUUAUCGGCAUCAUCGAGAAGCCACCUGUGGGCACCUGGACCGGGCUGCUCAACAACAGGGUGGGCUCCUUCAAGUUCAUCUACGUGGAUGUGAUCCCCGAGGAGACGGUCCCUGCCCGCAGGAGCCGGGGCUCCAGCCGGAACAAGCGCCUCAAGCCCAAGACCCUCCACGAGCUGCUGGAGCGCAUCAACCUGCAGGAACACACCCCCACCCUCCUGCUGAACGGCUACCAGACCCUGGAGGACUUCAAGGAGCUGCGGGAGACCCACCUGAACGAGCUGCACAUCACGGACCCCCAGCACCGCGCCAAGCUGCUGACGGCCGCCGAGCUCCUCCUGGACUAUGACACAGGCAGCGAGCCCGAGGAUGGUGACACCUCCGACGCCCUGCCAUCGCCCUCGGAGCCCAAGGGGGACAUUCCCCGCGACUCCGGCUGCUUCGAGGGAUCAGAGACCCUGGACGGCAGCCGGGAGGAGGCCGAGCUGGGGGCUCCGUCCAUGGCAGGAUCCCCCUGAGACGCCGGCACCGCCGCUUCCCGCUCCGGCCCCAGCGGCGGGGCUGGACUGGAGGGGACGGCUGCUGGAGGGGACAGGGGAGCCCUCGUGGUGGCCCCCGGCUCGGCCCCUGCACCAGAGCCAGAUGCUGGGUGGGCACGAGAUGCCCCAGGACAUUUUGCAUCCCGGGGCAGGGACUCUGGGCACGCCGGGGCACCCCGCUCCCCGCCGAGACACCGCAGGCAUUGCCUGCCUUGGCCAGGUUUGCCGGCAGGCUCAGGAAGGGAGCUGGGGAUGGAAGCCGUGUCUGCAGGCACCUGAAGCCUGCCCAGGACGCUGUCACUUCUCAGCAUGGACACACAGAAACCCUCCCGGCACCUGCCGUGGGGGACAGCAAGAUGUGAAUGACACAGGUAACACCCUGGAAGUGUGAGAUGGAGUCCUGGGAUCGCACGGGGCAGGGGGAAGAGGCAGCUGGCUUGGGGCAGCACAGACACGCAGGGGCUACAGCUCAGCCAUUUUCAAACCAAUUAAGUUUCCUUCAUUGUUUUAAAAUUAAAAAAAAAUAAUAAUAAGAAAAAAAUAAAGAACAUCCAACCCUCACCCGACCCUUUCCUUCCUUCUGGAGACCCUGACCCGUGCAGGCAGGUCCUGGCAGGCAGCACUCCACACACCUCUUGGAACAGGGAGCAGCAGAGCCAAACAUUACACUUUUUCGCACCGAAUUGCAGAUUUGGUCAGCAGCAUGUUGGGGCAACUGCCACGGGGCUGGAAUGGGAUGGGGCUGUGCUGGCUGCAGCGGCCAGGGCUCCUUCCCUGCCACAUUCCAGCUGGGAGCAGCUGUGGCAGCUCUGCCCUCUCAGCCCGGAGAGGGGGCAGUGCCAUGUUCACAGCACAGCCCUCGCUGCCAGCCCGGGUGAGGAGCAGGGGGGGCACAGGAGGAGCGUGGGGGGCACAGGAGGAGUGUGGGGGGCACAGGA